AAACAAUACAAAUUGAGAGACAGUUGUUUUGCCGGCAAAAAAUCGCCGAAAUAUAUCAAGAGAUGGAGACUAGUGUUAUAUGUGUGACUGAAAUGGAUACAGACAACUGUCAGAGAGAGGAAAUUAAGGCUGGUGGGAUACUGGAAGCAGGAUGUGUUUACUUGAUAAUGAGGGAAGGCUGUCAUGUAUCCCUAAGUUCUAGAACAGAAUGGUUACUGGAACAUCUAAACAAAACAGUUUCCAUCGAAGAAACGCAGACCGAAGAGCAAGAGCUCAUAGUCAGAUCUAUCGUGCCAUAUGAACCCCCACCAAACUGUAAUUAUGAAGCUAGUCAUUAUUAUAAAUAUCUCAUCACACAACAGUCAAAAGUAGUUUUCCUGUCUCACAAGUACCGUAUAGUUUAUUGUUUAGACAUGAGUCCCUCAUUGUCUGCAGUGGAUAUUCAAAGAGGUGAAGUUAUGAUAGAUGAGAUGUUUGUUUCUUUGAAACAUAGUUUGGAAGGAUUAACAAAACCAUGUUGUAUUCCUGGCUCAUCUGUGGAAUUUAGGCCGCAGAUUUAUGUUACAGUAAUAGCUCAUACUCCAUUCUUCACCACACCAGCUCAGCAGGUGCUGGUUCAAGGCUGGGAAAUUACUGAAGAAAAUUUAGAAAUAUUUCUUAAAACUGUUCAACAGCAGCUUCUGGAGCUAGAAAACAUUGUGGCCGAAGUAGCGGGUAUUGCAUAUGAAAGAGUGGAAACAAUUAGAGCUGAAUCUGAAAAACUUGUUGGGGGACUGUUUGAGGAAACCAGUGAAAUGAUGCAGCCACCAACUGCUCACAUUCCUAUGGUUAGUCCAGAUUUGGGAUUUAUCAACAUGUUACGUUAUGCCAUAUUGGCACUGAGGCUACUUCCUGACUCCAAUUCUUCAAAUAUUGUCAUUCUUACGGAUGGAAUUAUAGCAGUACCUGAUGCACAUGUCUUUGAUUCUCUCAUGAAUCAGCUACGUACAAAUACAAUACAAUGUUCUUUUCUUCAUGUGGGAUCAUUGUUCCAUCCAGAGUGUUGUACAGGAAUGGUUCCUGAUGUGGACAUCAUGAAAUUUAUUGCAGAAGCUACACACGGUGUUUGUAUGAACAAUGUAUCUGAUUAUGAAAUAAAUGCAGCAGCCUGUAUGAAUGUCUACCAUAAUGCGUUUUUGACAUGGAGCUUUUACACAACUUUUCCUUCUGUGCCAUCAAAUUACCACUCAUCUCAUGGAAACGUGCUCAUUUGGAAUACAAGACCUUACUCUUUUCGUGGGACUGAAGAACCACAGUUACUGCGUAAAAACCAAAUGGAAGACAAUUUGAAUUUGAGCUUAUCAGCAAUUAUUUGCUGUCGCCAAAAGGAAGGAUUUUCUAUUAGGGCAAUUAAUAUCUGUGAAAGUCAUUUGGAGAUACAUCUUGUUCUUCCAUGGAAAAACUAUAUUUAUCUUGAGUACGUCCUCACUACUCAGUGGCCUAUUAGUCCAGUUACGAGCACACCUAUACAUUAUCGCAUUAACAUUGAAGCACCAUAUGAAUUCCUACAUGAUGUCACAUGCCUUGUUAAGAAGGAGUUUAAAUCUCCAUAUCGACAAGCUGUAGUAUCGAGAUUUUGGGCCACGUUCAAAAGUUUGGGAGUGUCUGAUCAAAUAUUAGUUCAUCUUAACACUUUCCUCAGUAAUUCUACUGCAUAUGUAGUACCUGAGAGCAUACGCAGUGGUAUGCCUGUAUUUUAUCUUCCACCGAAUUCGUGCAGCCCUUCUCUAACUUCUAGUGAUAUGACUAGCCCACAGUUUUGGCAGUACUGGCGACAGAUUGUUUUGAUGGAUCCAAAUUCAUGGCAAAAGUGGCUGUAUACAAGAACUGUUAGUUUGAUAUUGCAACAUGACCAUCCAUUGCCAAAACACCUGCAUCUGGCAAAUACAAGUGGUCGCUUUCAGGUCAUUCAGUGUCGUCAGGCCGCUGCAGCACUUUACGCUCUUCUCAAAGACUGGAGCACCUUUGUGCUGAUUGAGAACCAAGCGUAUGUUAAGCUCAUCCCAGGUGAUUUAGAGAAGCCCCCUCAGUCUUUUGUUGCUCUAAAGGUAGCCUCAAAAGCUCCAUGUGUAGUGCUCCAUUUAGCUUUUCUUGAGGGUACACCAUCAAUGAUACGACAACAGAUUGUAGGUCAACUGAGAGAUCAGGUAGCCCAUCUCACAUUUCCUCAGAGGCCUUCUACUAAGGAUGUACUGCCAAGAAAAGUUUCUGUGACUCAGAAUUUACAACAGCAUUCGCCAGUUACUAGGACGUGGUCAGAAAUAAAGUGUUGUUCCCUACUACGUAAGCCGGUUGAAAAAAUUUUGAUCAGGUAUGAACGUGUUCCACCAGAUUUCAGCACUGUUGUUUUCCCUGAUGGAACACAACCUGCAACUUCAGGAAAGCAAUUACUCUACAACAUGGCAGGUGCUAAUGCAGGAGGACUGCUUACAACUUUAUCCAGAUACUUACAUCACCGCCGCUGGCUCUGGUCAACACAAUCUGGACCUAAUUCAUCUAUUGGGAUACCAGCUAUCGCCAGAAUUCUUUCAACUAUAACAAAAAUGAGGCUUCAGGAAGGCUUCACUUUUGCUCAUUCAUCUGCUGGGAUUAUUAAUAUGGUUCUUGAGGUUGAGAUGAAGUUGCCAAGCAUCAAGGAUAAAGAUGAGGAUGAUGAGGAUUGCAUCCAGCCGUGUGUAAUCCAGUAUGUUCUCUUCCCACCUCAUACAACCUCAAUGAGCAACAAGGAAAGUAAUUCUGAAGAGGGCACAGAAGAAAUUAUAACAGAUGCUGAUGCUGAUACAGAAGGAGAGCUGCAGAUAAUUGCAGAGUGCUGGAUAGAGCCACAGCAUGGCGUUGUUAUUAACAGCCCACCAGAAAGGUCUUACAUGAAUAAUCUCCCCUAUCACAAAUUGGCAGAUGCGAUAUGCAGUGUUGAUUAUGAGUGUAUCUCUUGCCUGCUUACAUUUGAACAUCUAAGUCUGAUGUGCAAAGGUGAUCAAGUGUCAUCCCCUACUAGAUCAUUAGCUGAUGGCCAGACUGUUAAUAAUCCUUACCAAAGGGUAAUGGACUACUUGAAGAACUGUGACAGUUCUGAAAUACAAGCAGCAACAUUUUUUGAAGAGAGAAUAAACCACAUACCAUUUCCAUUUAACCUGAUGCAUGUAUUGCCAAAAUGUCAGCAGGCUGAAUUAUUGCUGUCUACAUUUAUACAAGAUCUCAGUGGUAAUGCUUACAUGGAGAAAAGGAACUCUUCAUCAUCAUCUACUCUUCCAGAAGAUGGGCCAAAUAAUUUGCUUCUUGAUGCUUUGUAUGAGCAUCUGAAAAAGCUUCACAAUAAAGAACUAAACCUGAGUGAUGAUGACUGUGCGAAGUUUCAACAACUGUUAAUAGCAAGACAGAGGGAAGGAAGCACUUAUCCAUUACCAGUUCCUUGCAGUGAUGCAGAUGAUUCUGACGGAAUACCCAUUCCAAAGUGGAGAUGUUUUCUGAAAGGGAUAAGUGUUACACAUGUAAUGCUGACAUUUGUGCCGGCUACAUACACGGACCUGAAAAAUCUCAUGCUUUCAGGAGAUAUUUGGAUGACAAAAGACACCUUGGCGGUAAACAUCUGGAACGAUGUAGAUGAAAAUUUACAUUUGGAACUUGCCAGUAUUUCAAAUAGUGAACAAAGGGUUAAUGAGAAAGGAGCCAUAUAUUCAAGUUUGGACAGGCUUAGCUCACUUGUAGAUAUUCCGCAAAAAGUAGCUGGUGGCUCCUCGGUCACAGCAACUACUCCAGCAUCUUCAUUGUCUCGUAGGUCAUCAUGUGAUGCUUCACAAAUCCAUGGCAAUAUAGCUCAUUUAAAACUUCAGGCUAGUGGAGAGUCAUCUUGUGACUUUCUCAAUGAAACACCGUUUCGUAUACGAGCUAGUUCUCUGGAUGCAGUAACAAAGCGAACAGUACGUGACAUACCAUAUAAACUCUUCUUAAAAACAGGAUCACUUACUGAAGAUCUUGCUGCCACUGAUGAUUCGGUGCUAAGGAAUAAGCAUUCUGGUGGAGAGAACAGCAGUAGCUCAAAGAUGGGUGUUUCAUAUCAACACAAAACAUUAUUGCAUAAGGCUGAUGAGAUACCAUUGCUAAAAAGAAAACCAUCAUCUAAUUCAACUAGUGAAAAGAAUCAGAGUAGUGCUGAGGAGCGAAAACCUGUAUAUGGUUCAGUUACAUUGCCAGUCUAUAUGUAUGACUGCUCACUCUCUGUUUUAAUGGAAGCUCUAGUGUAUAAAGAUUCUGCUAAUAAAGCAGUUAAAGAUAUUUAUGAUGAUCAGAGGCGUAAAGUUGAAGCUGAACUGACAAGUGAAUAUCUUCCAAACUGUGAAUUUGAUAUAAAGAGCAAGAAAACAGAUGAAACUGGUUACAAACACUCCAAUUCAGAAUCAAAAUCUGAAGACUCCGAUUCUACUUUAGACAAGCCUACUCUAAAACAACACUGCAAAUUAAUUAGUUUGGCAUUCUAUAGAUGCUAUGUUUACACAGUAUUUAAAUCAUUGCGGCAGAGUUAUGUUAUGCAUGGAGCAGAUAUUCAGGCUGCAGUUGCUGAAUGUGAAGAAAAUUUGAUUGAGAUUAAUAUCACAAGUUUCUUGAUGACUGCAUGUGGUCACCUCAAGGACAUUCAAGCAAACAGUCAGAAAGAUGUGAACGUUGUGGAAAUAAUAUCAAACACUGACAGUGAUGAAAAGAAACAGCCAAAACCAGAUGCAUUAUGUGACACAAAUAAAGAUGAAACAUCUGCAGAACAACUUCAGGAAGCAACUGAAACACUUAAAUUAGAAAGAAGAAUAGAUAAUGUUUUAAUGCUGCCAUUGUCAAAACUACAGGAGUCUGCAAUAUGCAAAGAACUGAAACAGUUGCAUAAUAUGAUCAAACAAAAAUUUAAGAACAUUUUGAGGGUGUACUUCAAACCUGUUCCCUCACACCAGGAGUAUUACUUUUGUGAUCCAGAUUGGGAAAAGAUACAUAUGGAUAUGGGCUCAUAUGACAUUGAAAUUGAAGGAGAGAUCAGGAAAACUGAAACUGGAGAUGCUGCAGAUAUUGAGACUUUCAAUUCAGAGUUGGUGGAAUUUCAGCCACAGCACUGUGGAAUACCAGUCACUGGCUGGGAGGCUCACCCUCUUCAAACUCCAGAUGAUGCCAGAACGUCACUUCUCUCUAACAUGGACUCUGAUAGUAUCAGUGAUAUAGAAGAUGAUGACAUAUCAGAUGAAGCACCACCAUUGUUCCUUCAUUUGACCUGCACUAUUCAUGCUAAGGGUAGCUCUGGAAGCUGCACAGUUACAACUUUGCCAACAUGCAUAAGUGAACUAAUGGAGUGCUUGGAAAAUCCAGAUGCAGACAUAAAUGUCAGUGGCCUACAGGUAACGUUGGAUGUGUUUUGCCUAACUUUGCCACCCACUGUGGAAUUUGUUACUUCAGAGAAGACAUUAACUGAAAUGAGAAGUACCUCAUUCUGCAGUUCAUCUCCAGUGCCAACAGAUGGAACUAAUUCACCUGUCAGAUCUACCCACAGCAGUCUUACAUCAAAUCAUCAGUAUGUUUCAGGGUCUGCAGCUGACUUUUUGCAGCAUCUUCCAGAUUAUCAACACAAAGCUGUUGCAACAUCUGUUGAAGAGAUUGAAUGGUUGCUGCGUGAUUGGAGAGCAACAUUCCUGCUCGAUGUAUUUCCUAUUCGAGAGGAGACUUUGGAGUUUGUUGCAAAGCAUGUGGGAAGUUCACUCGGUCGUUCAAGUUGCUUGCUUGAAAAAGUUCCUUUACAGUUUGUCUUUGGGCCAAGUCAAAGUCUUGAGAGAUUCAUUCAGGAAUUCAGCAAUUUAGCAGUUAGUGGUUAUCAUCUUAUACAACUUGGACAGUUUUAUUAUCUUGUCAAAAAUAAGACUCGGUCAUCAAGGAGAAACAGUUCCUUAAUUCCAACUGUAGGAAACAAAGUCUCGUAUCAGCCACACAUGACCGACUGUGCUGAGCUGUAUGCAGAACCUCGAGAAAGGCUUAUGGAUAGAGAGUCAAGUGCAGAGAAUGGAAUACCUGAGAGUGUAACUAACACAACCAUGGAAACUUUGGCCAGUGAAGACAAUAUUUCUGCUGUAAAAAGCCUUUGGAAGAUACAAGACAUAAGUAGUAGGAGGAAAACACAGCUAGAAGACAGUGAUUCUGAUGAAGACUCAGAGUGCCAGAAACAGCGCAGAAAGGAAAAGAAAACUGCCCAGAGUAAAGGAAAAGUAGAACAGUGGGCUUGUUCAGCUGCAGCAGAACAUGAGACACUGUCACUCUCAGCUUCACCAUCCCUCCCUCUUACAGGCCAGGAUAAUGAAAACAGACCCAAUUCAUCAGUAGUCAGAAGCCAGAGUUGUGAAGUUGUACAGUGUGGUGGAGAAGAAUUAAAUCAAGAUGCAGAAGCUGAAUCAGUAAUUCCUCCUUUGAACUAUCUACAGUGGAGUAAAAAACAACUAGCUUCUGAGUACAGAAGUGAAGUGUCAAGUCUUGUUGAGAGUGGCCAAGGAACAGAAGAUGGUUAUGAGGGAGACAGCAGUGACUCAGCUGACGAAUGUGAUUGGCUUCAAGAUAUGGAAACACGCAGGCCAUCACUUCCUAACUUCUGGUUAAUUAUGAAAGUAAAUGAAGAUGCUGUAAUUACAUACUUUCAUUGCAGAUUUAACGAGAUGGAGAAUGAUAAAGUUAGAGCUUAUAGAGAUGUUCAGCGGAAUAUGAUCAAAAAUAUUAAGGACUUAUGUAAACUUGUAAAUCAGACAAUGUUGCUACAAAAUUUACAUGACACGCGAAUGUGUGAUCAGCUUUUGGAACCAGAAACGAGUGAAGAUAUAUGGCCUUCAUCAGCAGAACUUUCUCAAUCAUCUAGUCAUCCUGUCAGUCGUUUGAAGUCUACUGAUGAUGGAACAGACAAUGAAUAUCAGUCAAAUUAUUUAGAUGCAACAACAAAAUUUAUGCCUGGAUGGUUUGCAUGUAAUGUUGUUUGGGAAACUUAUUUUUCCCUCCAUCCUCGGUUGAAGACAGGCCCAGGAAAGCCUGCUUUGUCUCGUGGCAUCCAAGCUCUGCGUUCUGUUCUGAACCGCUUUUCAGUUAAUAAUCGCAAAAAUAUGUUUGUUUAUCAGGAUCAUACAGGAAAUGUGUUUUAUUUGAGGUUACAUGAAAAUGUGCAUUUAUCUUGCAAGCUUGGUCUCACUGGACCUCCUAAAUCAGACACUGAUGAUAAUUCACCCGGGCCUGUAUCAAGAAGCUCAUCAUUGACCUCAUUAAACAUUUCAACCAGAAAGCAGCCCAGUUUCGUUUCAGAAGAUGGUCUCAGUAGUCAAGCAGAGGAACUAGCUAGGAGAAAAUCAUUUGGGGAAAGAGAUGCACCUGCUGUGCCUAAUGGUUCUGGCUCCAAUGAUGCCACACCACAACCACCAGCUGUGAAGCCUGAUGAUGUUAUAUUUUUAAAAGUUCAUGGUAUUUCUGAAGCAGGUCCAGAAAUAAAAGAAGAACUCAUCCAAGUUCUUCAAAACCGUUUGGAUGAUGCAAUAUUGGAAGUUCUUUCUGUGAUGCUAGCAAGGAAUCCAAUGUGCAAACUUACGCCUGAAGAUGUGCAUUUUAUACAAAAACCCUAUAAAUAUCCAGAAUCAAUAGUGAAGUUUAGUGUACCAAAACAUGCACUGCAACAUAUUCAGGCAUUGGAGUACUAUCUACGCCAGAAUAUACUGCAGUUUCUGUACACUCCAAAGUACACAGAUCCACGCCCUGAAUACCAUUUUCAGGAUUACUCGCAGCCAGAAACAUCAGAGAAACGAGUACCUGAAACUGAUAUAUUCCUAUACAACCAGAGCCCUGCAUCUGGAAAUAAGGGAAUUGCAUGUAUUGCAAUAGCAGUGGUAGACCAUUCUGGUUUUCUCUUACAUCAUUCAAGGUACCCAAAACCAUCAAGAGAUGCAUACAGUCAAGAAGUAAAUCCCGAAGACUUUGAUCCACUGACAUCUGUGUUACCCAGCUAUGAAGAGAAUUCUGAUGAUUCAGAAGAAAUGGCAUUUAUGGAAUUCCGCAUAUGGAAACAAGGCAGAGUUAACAUUGAAUCUCUGACACUGAAAAUAAAAUCAUCUGUUCGGCAUGCUUUAUGGGAUCUACUAACAGAGUAUCACCUGCUUACAGCACCAUUUACAGUUCCUCUGACUUCUGCUGUGAACCUGAAGACAGUAUCUACUGUUGAAAGACAAUCAUCUCUUCCUGAUGAAGAUGCUGUUGCUGAAGAAAUGUCAACCAAAAUGCCCAUGAAGGAAGAUGACACAGCUGUAGCUGGGGACCUUUUAAAUGAGUAUGAAUCUGGAGAAAGUGGAAUUCUGCAUAAGAUGUAUGCCAGUGUAAUUAAUGAGUGGCUUGAAUUUGCUGUUCAGAUAGGAGUUCCAGCUGUGAAAAGGUUCUGUGUUACCUUAACAUCAAGGCAUUCACUGUCUGUGACAGUUAAGGAGCUUAAGAAUCUUGUUGUCUUGAAUGCACAAGACACAACUGCACUAGUGUUUAACAGAGUAACAAAUGAACAUCAGCUUGAGGAGGAGGAAGAUGUAUUUGUACCUGUGAGUGUGUCCGAUAGUGACAUACAUGAUCAACCAAGGACUGAUUCCAAAAGCCUUAUCGUAGGCAGAAACCUAGCACAGUGGAAGGCAUGCCUAACAGAUGAUGGAGUUUUUGACAAUGAUGUCCUAGAUCCAAAAGCCCAGAAAGGAUUUCAAAAGUUUCCACCCCUUCUUGAGUUAGUGGAAGAGAACACAUGUUUUGUGCCACGUCAGAGGUUUCUUUUUGCUGUUUUAAAUGAGUUGCAGAUGAUUGUGUACACAUAUAACUGGUCAAAAGAUAGAGUGGAAAAUUUGAAUAAACAGGUUCAUCUCUUGGGACAGUGGCUAAGUGCACGUUCAGGCCUGCUCACAUGCCUGACAGCACAAAAACUUGGACUGUUUCACAACCAGGAAGUUGCUCGAAAACGGCAUACAGGUCUUCAUCCUCAGAGCAUGAAUAUCUACAUGUCACACAUGACAGAAGUGGAGCAACUAAUAAAAUUUUCACCAACUUCAGCACUGCUGAAAGAUUUACCUUCUCGGCGUCAGAUGUCGAGCACGCAUUCCCUCAAUGCAGUAACUCGAAAUGUUUUUCGUGACAGUAAAGUCAGUCGACAACCCUUUAAAAAUUCAUCAACCUCUGAUCCAGUUUUCCAUAUCAUUCAGCAAAUGAUGGAAGCACGGAAUAUGGACAAGAGAGAAGACCAAAAGAAGCUGUAUAUAAUGUGGCAAACGCGCGGUGCUACUCCAAACAUACCACUGGAUGAGGAUAUUAUUGAUGUCUUUAAAAGUCAUUCAAGAGUAAUUCAUUAUUGUCUAACUCCAUUGCUGUUUUUACCAAGAUGGCGUAUCCAAGCAGCUGCCACGCGGGACCACUUACUCAGUCUCUCAACCUCAGGGACUUCACCUGUCCUUAAUGUUGAAGACUCACCUGACCACUCACAGAAGAAUAACAGUCCUGCUAGCACAGCAAAAGAUACUGAAGAUAGUUCAAGCAUUUGCUCUGAAACAUCUUCACGUCGUUCGGUAGAAGAAAAAUGGCACAGUACUUUAUGUGCCAAUUUUGUUCUUGAAUAUAAACAAUAUCUCCAAACACUUGGAUUCAUUACAAUACAGACAAAGCCUGCUGCUGUAAAGAAAAGUCAUAAGCGAUCACAGAAAAAGAAAGAUGAUGAUGAUGGGAAGAAGAGUUUACAGAAUCUUUCCCCCACAGAACUUGUAGAGAGAGGUGUGUGGUAUCUUCAGAAGUCACUUCUUGGCGGAAUUCUUCUGUUUGAAAUCUCAUUUUGUGAGCCAUUUUUGCUUGCAAAACUGCACGCACUAGAAUGCUCUCGCCUUCAGUCAAAGACAUCUAGUGCUCUAAUAUCUCAGUUUACACUUAGCUUCCUGGAUGAAUGUGAUAAAAUCAAGAUCCUGAUGCAUUUGCAUUCAUUCACAUAUGAUUACCAUUUGAGAAGCAUUGCUGGUUACGUAUCAGGUCGCCAAGCGCUUCUUCGUCAGGGUUAUCAUUUAACCCAUUUUCUGGAAGAUUUUAUGAAGUACUACUCCAAAGCUCCCAAUUUUGCAAGAAACCUUGUAUAUGCAGAUGUACUGGAUGUGGAAGACCUGACAACACCAGCCCGUCAACUUUUCAACUACCUUUUGAGUCAUGAGAAGCAGUAUCGGAUGGAAGUUUUUCGAAUGGAUAAUGAAUAUGUUCUUGUUCAACUUGAAAAUACACCUCAUAUCACAUAUAAAGAUGCUCAUGAUGUGAAACGUACAGAUGAUUUUGAUAUCACCUUGAUUGUAUCUCAUAAUUCGUUUUUAUAUGAUCAAGCUGAGAAGUCCAUUGAAGAGUCAACAUUACGGCUGAAAUAUUACAUUAUUUUAACAAGUCGCAGGGAACUGUACCCGAAGCUAGAAAUUGAAAGGAAACUUGGAAAGUUCUGCACAGUUUCAACUGCUACACAUGAACAACCACAGCAGCCUUUGCCUGAUGACCAGUGCAGUGAUAAGAAUGCUUCUGACAGUGAAACUGUUCACAGUGGGCUUGAAUCAUCAACAAGUUCAGAACAUACAAAGGACAUCAGUGUCCCAACACAAACACAGAUAAGACAAGAAUCUGUGAACUACUUGGGCUACUAUUCGUCACACGAACAGUUGAUGCAGCAGCUUAUUUUGGAACAAGCAUCCACUUCAUGUAAUCGCAUAAAGAGCAUGGUAGCAAAAGGAAUGGUUGAUUGCAGAACUCAUUUGUUAUGGGAUAAACUUCAGUGUUCUCCAAAAGACACCAAGGAACUAACAUAUAGUGAGUUCUGUGAAUUAUGUGAAUUGGCUGUUACUGAACCACUUAGUCAUCUCGACCCUCGUCUUGGUCCACUGUUAUGUCAGCCCAUAACAUGGUAUGAAAACUUAGCAAGAACCCUGCUGUACAAGUAUUCUGAACAUAGCCGCCAUUUUGAAGCACCAGAUGGAAGCACACAACAUAUUGUGAUCCUACACCCUCGAUAUCUUGAAGCAUUUAUGAUGCUUUCCAUUGACUUCCUAACCUCGAGAGGUAAUCUGUGCAUAGUGUAUCGGAAACCACAAGAAGGGGGACAUGCUGCAAAUCAGUUGGAAUUUUGUCAAGAUGACAUCAGGUCGUUAGUUGAAGGAUUUGUGAAUGCUUGCUGCUUCCGUCUUUGGAUUGGAUUAUUAUAGAAUGUGUUCCAGAUGAUAAAGGCAGCAUGGUAUUACACUUCUAAGAAUGUUGUUCACUGUUAAUAAUUGCUGUUUAGUUUGUUUAAUGCCAUGACAUUUUGUGUGAAAUGAUAUAUUUUGAUAUUGAAAAUGGCAUGCAACUUUAUUUUUAAUGUUGUACAUAAAAUCAUAUUUUUGCUAGCGCUAUGUUUAUAAAACGUCAUAACUCAUUAAAAGAGCUAUUAUUGGGAAUAGCUACCAGAAAUUAUAUUUUAAAUGUGCUAGUUACCUCGAAGUUCAGUGUUUCAAGUUUUCUACCAUACACAGAUCUGCAUACAACGUUUUUGCUAUGCUGCAAAAAAGCCUGAAAGGACACAGGAAAUGGGUAUUGUUUGUUUCUGUGCUAGAGGGUACACUAAAUAAAUUUAUACAUACCAAUCAAAAUUUCAUCCUCAAUAAAAAAAAUGUAUUGUAUACAGACUUCGUAACCCAUUAACUUAGUGCUAAUGCAAAGAAAUGAAGGCAAAUGAAUUUGUUCUGAGGUGUGUAGAAUAUUAAAGUCAGUGUAAGAGGGAAAGGGGAACUGCUGUAAUAAUCCCACAGACACUGCCAAAAACUAUGAAUUUUGUUGAUAAUAUGGUUGAAAUUUAUUUCUUUAGUAUUAUUUUUUGAAAAUUUUUAUGGAAUUUGUUCAUGUUAUUGUGCCUUAUUUCUCAGUUACUGCACAGAAAUGAAGGCAAAUUAAUUAGUUGUAAAAUUUGUAUGUAAUUAAAGUCAGUGCAGGAGAAGAUAUAUAUUUUCAAAAAUGUAUAAUUUUUGUCAACAGUUUUGGUCUGCUAAUAUUUUGUUCUUUUUAAAACAAUUUUUGUGGAUUUUUUAAUUGUUAUUGCACUUUAUCUAUCAUUAAUUCUCCUUCUUUGUUUUUAAAAGUUUCUCAGUCAUGGCCAUUUGGGCUUGACAAUGUUGUAGAUGUGACUAUUAUUUCACAAAGAGAUUGUACUGAUAUAUUUUAUGUUUUAUUACUAUAUACUGAGAGAGAGAAUUUGUGUCUUCAUUCGUAAUUUAACUACAGAAAUGUCUGCUUUCGACAAGAAAGAUAACAUUCAUACAGACUGUUGGCUCAAGUUUUAAUUUAAUGUAGGUACAUGUUAAUUGCACUGAUUAAUAGAGAAAGUUUGUAAACAAGGAUGUAUACAUUUCUCACUGAAAAAAGCACAAUUUGAAAUUUAAGAUCAACAAGAUCUUGGGUGUACAUGAUAUUGCCUAUAGAAUAGACAUAUAUAAUUAUGUGAAGGUGGCAGUUCAAUGGAGCUGCUCUUUAACUAAACAAGCAAUGUGCCAAGCUAGAGAAUAAGGAAAAAAAUAGAGAGAUGGUAGUUUCAUUUCUGCUGCAUAUGCCAAAGGUAAUUGUCUUUUUUGGUUGUUAUUACUAUUAUCAUUAUUGUUAUUUCAGAGAUUUUAUUUUAUGUUACUAGUUUUUAGAGUAUCUUAAAAUAUGAUGUUAUUGUACAUGAAAUAGACAUUUUUAUAUCCUUAUAGUGAAUUAAACUUAUACAUGAAGAGACAAGUCUCUUUGUUAGUAACAGCAUGUUUAUAAAUAUUUUGUAUGGACAUCCGUCCAUCUCAUACGGGGUGGGGGAUGGUGGGUUUAAGGUAAAUGAGAGGUAUAGCGCAAUGAUGGAAAAUCAGUUCUAGAAGUGUAUGAGAAUUCUGUAACAAAUGAAAACUCUGCACUCCAGAUUCCAGUGUGACUGGAAGGGAGGGGGGUUAGAGUAGGCAAGUGCCGCUCUUUGCUCUUUGCAGCCCCCUCCCCCCACCUUUGCAGAUGCCUAUGACUGUAUCCAUUUUCUGUGGAUUUUUGACAAGCAGCAUUUAACAAUUUUGCCUCUGCUUGAUAUGCUUUGUGUCCAUUUCAUUUACAAUAAUACUACAUAUAAGCUAUAGUCUUUAUGUUGGUGUUUUUGUUCAUAAUAUUUAUUGUAAUGCACAAAAUUGUAUGCCUAUCUCUGUUCAAUCUUACUGCUGUUAUUUAAUGCUUCUAAAAGUGGCGAUACUUUUUUUCCACUUUCUACUCAGGAAUUCAAAACUACGUUUCUUACUAAUGUUUUAUCAUUAUUGUUUAUUGUUAUACUGAACAACCCAUGUAAUAACUACCCUGAUGGAUUGCACAAAAAGGUUGUUUCCUUUUUGACAUUCUUUAAACAAAAGGAGGACUGAUAAUCUCUGCAUAAAUUAUCUCCUUCUGCAUCAAUAUUGUGCAGGAAAUUUUCACUCUAGUAAAUUAUUUGAUAUGAACACAGUAUGAUUGCCUGUCAAUAUUGUUAUAGCUGAAAUUAAAUGCUCAUCUGGUAUGUGGAGACUUCUCAAUCCAUGAAUAGAUUUAUUAAGUGGAUGUGAUACUUGUACUUUAUUUACUCAUUACUGUGUACUGUAAGGCUUACAAAGUACAGAUGUAGCAUAGAAAAACCAGUUGUAAAUGAUAACUGUUAACUGAAAACCAUGUAGAUUCAUUGAGCAGUAGAGUGCUUGUUUUUAUAAGUUUAUCUUAAUUUUAUUUUUUUUUACUUUUCAGAUACUGUAAAGUACACUAUUUUAAUAUGACUGUUACUAUGUAAUUUCAUUAAUUUUAUAAGCCAGUGUGAUGAUUUUAUUUUGCGAAUGCUUAUUUAUGAACUCCAGUAACUGCAAAUUAAGUGGAGUCUAUACAGCUCUCUGCUGCCAACCAGAGACAAAGUGGUGAUUGUUGCAGCUGUACUUUCAGCUACAUUCCUUGUAUAUUCUACAGUUUAUAAUUGCAUACAUAGCUUAUAAUUGUGGUAGCCCUAUCUCUCUCUCUCUCUCUCUCUCUCUCUCUCUCUCUCUGUGUGUGUGUGUGUGUGUGUGUGUGUGUGUGUGUGUGUGUGUCCAGGGGAGCAUGGUGUUUCUAGAAUUUCUGUGAAGUUUUUCUGAGAAUACACAGAAUGGAUACCUAUUAAAGAGAAAUUUGAUCUCAACUGUAAAUAUGUUGUUAUUGUUUGUGCACUGUAAAAUCUCCAUUAAUAAAGAAGUUCAGUGAGAAAAAUAAUGUGAUAGUGAGAUGAUACAGUGUGGGGAACUAUGUGUAAAUGUAGGAUAUCUCCAGUGUUUUCAGUUACUGUAAUAAAAUAUACAUAUUGAAGUACAAAC